CAGGGUAAUUUAGUCGCGGGAGUAUACGCCCCCUAAACAUAGGACAUACAGUACAAACAAGCUGAUUCAACAUUGGAACAAUGGAACUUCUUCGAGUGACCAGCGUUUUCUUUCUGAUAUUCAUAGGAAAUUCUCCGGCAAAAUGUUUAUACAAGGUAUGGAUGUCAGAUGCUAACUUUGGCAACCCUAGUAACUGGGACAAAGGGAGACAACCAUGUGGUGACGACAUAGUUGUGAUUCACGAAGAGAGCCCAGCCAUAUACGUUCAGGUUAACACGACCCUACAGCAAAUUAUAUUACCAAAAAACGGCGAGAUGAUACUUGGAUCUGGAAGUACACUUGCCUUUACAAAUGAACCGGACCACAGUGCGGGAUGUCUCAGCUCCGGUUCAGAGAUAGUGUACAACUUGACGUAUGCGUUAGAUUGGCUAGACUAUGCAAACUGGUGUCCAUCUGACACGGAAACCGGAAGUUGCAAAUCUCUAGCUCUUCUCGACUCCGAGCAGACUCCAUGCAAGACCGAUGAUGUGGUAUUUCCGAAAAUGAGUUCGUAUUUCGUCAACCUAGAAUCCGGACUUUCCCUAUCAGUAAAUACCUUGAAGAUUACAGGCUCUGCCUACACAACCACAGGUUUCUCUCAAUUCCUUAACACAACAGACGGUAAGAGGAUGUUCCCAAUCUCACCUAGUACCGGAAGUAGAUCGUCCGUACAAAUUGCUAGACGAAGAUGUACGGAUCCGACUGGCUGCGCAUGCGGAAACGAUGGACUUGAUAUAUUACGGCGUAUAUGUAAAUAUCGGAGUCCCUACUGUACACGGAUUCGUUGUAAACAACCUAUACGUCCAUCCGGUUCCUGCUGUGAAAUAUGUGGUGCUGUACUCUCAGUACAAUAUGGAACUGGGUUCAAGUUUGCGGAUUUACGAGAUGGCCUACAACGUAGUUUCCUUGACGACAAUGAUAAUUAUAAGGAUGUUCAAUAUAUUGUAUCCAAGAUGUCGGAUGGUCACGUGCAGAUAGUGUUGUCUGAUGUGUCAGGUGACCAGAGUGUCCAGGCUGGAAGAGAAAUGAAGGCUGACCUAGACAACGAUAACGCCGGAGGGUUUAAAUAUGCUAUACGAAGCGUUUCUAUGGAAACAUCAAGAGGAUCUGGACUGAAUCCCACCCACGGCCCACAGACAGGCCGUGGGCUUGCGAUGUCCAGGGGCGAGAUUGCCGGUAUCGUAGUUGGUCUGGUGACAGUUCUCCUCAUCAGCCUGUUCUUAGGAACUCUAUUUUACCGCCGAAAAACUAGGGGACCAGAAGAUAUUUCUUUCAAGAUGUUUGACAGAAUUUCGUUUAAGCCAUCCUUCCCUAAGCCUCGUUUGGAAGUGCCUCCAUCGUUCUCGUUCCGGUUUGGCGGAUCCUCAAGCGUACCGGAAACAGUUGGUGCGCGGUCACAAGGUUUCGAUAACCCGAUGUACGGCACUAAUCCGCUCUCGAACGAUAAACCUUUGGAUCUUGAGAUGAUGCCUACAUUACUGCAACUUCCGGAAGUAGAGGAGCAGCCAUCUUACGAUAAUGGUUUGGGUUUUGACAAUCCGUUAUAUGAGAAUGUGGAGUCUACCCAGUUCAGUGACCCGACAGACGGGGACAUCAAGAUGGACGUGGACGAAAGCCUUGGUACAGACCUGGGUUCACAACUUAACUUGUAAUUGUUGUGGGCGAAAACAUUGCGACGGAUACCUGGCCCUUUAUUCAUUAACAAAAUUGUACUCAUAUUCAGACCCGAGUUAUGUACUCAAACAAUCUUUGCUGAAACUCAUAGAUACCAUUGCAACGGGCCCCUAUAGGUUCGAAGAAAAUAUUGGCCUGUUGCCUGUCACUGCGUGUUAUUGUAAGAUGUGACUUAUGUUGGCCUGUUGCCUGUCACUGCGUGUUAUUGCAAGAUGUGACUGAUGUUGGCCUGUUGCCUGUCACUGCGUGUUAUUGUAAGAUGUGACUUAUGUUGGCAUGUUGCCUGUCACUGCGUGAUAUUGUAAGAUGUGACGUAUGUUGACCUGUUGCCUGUCACUGCGUGUUAUUGUUAGAUGUGACUUAUGUUGGCCUAUUGCCUGUCACUGCGUGUUAUUGUAAGGUGUGACUUAUGUUGACCUGUUGCCUGUCACUGCGUGAUAUUGUAAGAUGUGACUUAUGUUGGCCUGUUGCCUGUCACUGCGUGUUAUUGUAAGAUGUGACUUAUGUUGGCCUGUUGCCUGUCACUGCGUGUUAUUGUAAGAUGUGACCUAUGUUGGCCUGUAGAAUCGUACGCUUUCAUUUGUUUGUUCUUUUUGUGGGACAUUGCAGAAACUAAAAUUGAUUUGAUGCCUCCAUUACAACCCGAACUAAAUGUUCCUUUCUAACUUUCAUUUUGCUUCUUUUGACAUUAGCUGUUGUGACUAACAAGCAAUCCCGUGCGACGAAUUAUAAAGACAACACAUAAAAUAUUUUGAGUGCAGAAAACGAAUCAAAAUAGUUUAACAUGAGCUGGAGUUUGACCAGGGUAUAUAAUAUGAGUUUGAGCAAGAAACGAUAGUCGUGUAUUUCAAGUUUACCGUGUAACAGUCGUGAACAAAAGCUGAUAUCAUAUUGGAUCUUCCUUAGGUGAAUGAAAACAUUUAAAAAAAAACUUUGGUGUUUGUUACUGUAGUAGAUAAUAGCAUUGAAACUGACCAUGUAUUCAAGCUAAACAGACAUUGGCCUCGUGUUUGAAUAUUUCAUGUCGGAAGUCGUCGGUUUUCUUUAAAGCAACAUAUUCAAGCUCUAGAUUGUAAUAAAACAUCAAAUUAAAUGAGUUUGACAAAAAUCAUGUUUGUGUGAUAUACUAGCAUGUUUUAUAUUUAAACAGUACUGGCUAAUAUGACUGCCCAAAGGGAUUCGAUGCUGAACAAGAACAGAAAUUAAUAUUUUCAAUCUUUUGUUAUAUAUUGUUCCAUCACUUAAUGUCCAGAUUUGCAAAUAUUCUACAAAGAGGCUAUCCCAAGCACACACGUUCUUUCUUUAAUUCUUACCCCUAACUUCUACUAAUCUACGUUUUAUUGAAAUCUAGCGAGUAGGUGGAUAUUUUGAUAGUUCGUUACCCAGUUAACAUUUUGAGCUUUGGAUGAAUAUUUCUUUUCAAAAACUAAAAACAGUUGUGUGCGCUAUAAACUGAUUAUUGUACAUUGCUUGGUAUCAUUAGCAUUAUUUGACGAAAAGAAAAAUAAAUCUGGUUUUAUUGAAUAUCUGUCCAUGCUGAGCGUCAAACGCCUUUUUAUUAUCCGUCUGUCCAGUACGUAAAUGAUAAAACAUUGUAUAUUUACCCUUCCUUUUGCCCGUUGGCUUCAUUGCUAUUUUAAUUUCAUGGUACCUAUGUAAACGUACAAGAUGAACAGAGAAACUACUUUGCAAAUGUUCUAAUCCUAGGAAAUAAGAAGUUAGGUUGUAGCAUGAAACUGGCCCGAUCCAGGUUAAAUGUAUAACAUAGUCGUCCAUAUGUCAGGCGGCGCUUUACGUAUUCAGUAAGAGCACUACCUGUAAAGGUAUGGACAUUGUUUUUUCUUUCUAAACAUUUUAUUCAGGUUGUUAAGUAUGGAUUAUGAA